AGAGAGAGAGCAGUACGAAACCAUGCCGACUGUUAGCGUUGGAAGGGAUCGUCUCUUUGCAGCCUUAGGGAUGACUUACACUCAAGAGGAGUUUGAUGAACUCUGCUUCGAUUUUGGAAUCGAGCUUGACGACGUUACAACAGAGAAGGCUAUUAUCAGGAAAGAAAAGCAUCUGGAGGAAGGAGCUACUGAAGAUGAGGAAGUCAUCUACAAAAUCGAAGUUCCCGCAAACAGAUAUGAUUUGCUUUGCCUCGAAGGGCUUGUGCAAUCCCUCCGCAUUUUCAUUGGGCUUGAUCAGAUACCAAAUUAUAAGCUGGCCAACCUUCCAAGUGGUUCCAUGCUUAAAAUGCAUGUAAAACCUGAGACUUUAAUGAUUCGCCCCUUCGUUGUCUGUGCUGUUUUAAGAGGAGUUACUUUUGAUGAAGCGAGAUAUAACAGCUUUAUUGAUCUUCAAGAUAGGCUCCAUCAGAAUAUUUGCCGGCGGAGGACAUUAGUUGCCAUUGGCACUCAUGAUUUGGAUACAAUACAAGGUCCUUUCACAUACGAGGCUUUGCCACCACAAGAUAUAAACUUUGUGCCACUGAAACAGGUGAAAACUUUCAGGGCUGAUGAGCUAAUGGAAUUUUACAAAUCGGAUCUGAAACUGAAGAAAUUCUUGCACAUAAUUGAGAACUCACCAGUGUUCCCAGUCAUCUAUGACUGCAACAGAAAUGUGUUAUCCCUACCUCCAAUUAUUAAUGGUGCACAUUCAGCAAUUACAUUGAAGACCAAGAAUGUUUUUAUUGAAUGUACUGGCACAGAUUUAACCAAGGCCAAGAUUGUCUUGAACACAAUGGUGUCUAUGUUUUCUGUGUACUGUGCAAGAAAAUUUGAGGUUGAACCAGUUGAAGUGGUAUACUCUGAUGGGAAAUCAUAUAUUUCUCCUGAUCUAUCAGUUUUUGAUUUGGAGGUUCCUUUAUCUUACAUCACUGGUACAAUUGGCGUUUCUCUAGAGGCAAGCCAGGUCUGCAGUUUAUUGAACAAGAUGCAAUUGCAUGCGGAAAAAUCCUUAUCAAAGGAGGAAUGCAGUAUCCGUGUAUCAGUACCUCCAACCAGAAGUGAUGUUCUUCAUGCUUGUGAUGUCAUGGAGGAUGUUGCUAUUGCAUAUGGAUACAAUAAAAUUCCAAAGAGGAAGCCAGCAUCUUUGAAGUCUCUUCCUUUGAGUCAAAUUAGCGAGCUUAUCAGAUUGGAGAUUGCAAUGAAUGGUUUCACGGAGGUGCUAACAUGGAUAUUGUGCUCAUACAAAGAAAAUUUCUCCAUGUUGAACCGUAAGGAUGAUCAAUCGAUAGCAUCAACUAUUGCAAAUCCUCGUUCAGCUGAUUUUGAGAUGUCUCGAACAAGUCUCAUGCCGGGCAUAUUGAAAACUGUUGCGCACAACAAAGACCAUCCAAAGCCCAUAAAGAUAUUUGAAGUGGGUGAUGUGGUCAUAUUGGAUGAGGCAAAAGAUGUUGGUGCAAGAAAUCGUCGCCAACUUGCAGCAAUGUAUUGUGGUGCUAACUCAGGGUUUGAGUUAAUUCAUUCCCUGGUGGACAGAAUCAUGGAAGUCCUUGGGACUCCUUUUGUUCCUAUUGGAGACGAUAUUGGUUACUAUAUUAGGCAAUCAGAUGAGUCUGAAUUUCUUCCGGGUAGACAAGCUAGCAUAAUUUUCAGAGGAAAGCACAUUGGAAACUUUGGCAUUGUGCACCCAGAGGUCUUGACUAACUUCGACAUCCCAGACCCUUGUUCCUUCAUGGAACUUAACAUUGAAUCCUUUUUAUAGGAUUAGCUCCAUGGCCCAGUGGUUGUAUGCUAUUGCUGUCACUGGUUUUUGGAAAGGAAAUUCUGUAUGGUCCAACAGACAUGAAAGGAAUGUAAUUGGAAUUUGGGAUAGCAAGAAUACAUUACGUGACUCAUUCAUGGAUGAACUAUUAGAUUUUAAAAAAAAAAAUUCCCCUUUUGGAUGAACACUGUUGGAAAUUCAGAAGGUUAUUUUUGUAUUUUGGGAGAAAAGAGAGGAGGGGAAAGAGUGCAAGGAAGAAGGGAAGGUUUGCAAGUUUUGGUGCACAUUCUUACCUAUACAAUUGUAAUCAAAGUUUGAGAACCAAUAAUACAAGAAUUCUGCCUU